AUGUGUGCUUGGGAUGCAACCAGUAGUUUAGAGGGACUGCUGUGAAGUAGUUGCGCAUCACUGACGGAUUCCAGCGCACUGAAAACCGCUGAAAGUCACGUUUUUUUUUUCUUUUCAAAGAACUAAAUGGCUCGGACUUACAACCGAUACAACAUAUGUAGAUGAGUGAUUCGAUAUUCUAAGCGUUUGGGAAAUGCAAACGAUUGCCCGGCUGUAAAUUCAGACGCUAAACGCUCAAGCAGCCAUGCAUUUGUGCAGCUCUGUGGGCUCUUUGCUCCUCCUCCUUUUCAUCAGCAGGAGCAUGGAUGGCUGUGUCGCCAGCACAGAGGAGAUCUUGCCUCCCACCAUUCAGAAACUGAUGAAGGGAUACAACAAGUACCUUAGGCCAUUCUUUGGCAAUGGGCCUGUUACUAUCGGAAUGAGUCUGGAUAUCGCCAGCAUAGACACCAUAUCAGAAAUCAACAUGGAUUACACAGCCACCAUCUUUCUUCGUCAGCGCUGGACAGAUGAACGCUUGUGUUUUGAUGGCAAUAAGAGCUUGAGUCUGGAUGGGAGACUGGUAGAGCUCCUUUGGGUCCCAGAUACGUUCAUUGUGGAUUCCAAGAAAUCUUUCCUGCAUGACAUCACUGUCGAAAACAGACUGAUCCGGAUAUUCCCCAACGGAACUGUGCUGUAUGCCCUGAGAAUUACUACAACGGUGGCCUGCAGUAUGGAUCUAACCAAAUAUCCCAUGGACAGACAGACGUGCACCCUUCAACUUGAAAGCUGGGGAUAUAAUGUGAAAGAUGUGGUUUUCCAUUGGACACGGGGAAACCAGUCAGUUAGCGGUCUUGAUGAUUUACAGCUGGCUCAGUACACCCUUGAGGAUCACUACACCUCUGAAUCUGAAGCCGUUUAUGAGACUGGUAAUUACCCAAAGUUGAUCUUCCACUUCAAACUCAAGCGGAGCAUUUUAUAUUUCAUUCUGGAGACGUACGUUCCUUCCAGUGCUCUGGUGGUCCUGUCAUGGGUCUCAUUCUGGAUCAGUCAAUCUUCAGUACCUGCUCGCAUCUGCAUAGGAGUGACCACAGUUUUAACUAUGACCACCCUUAUGAUGGGAGCCCGCACCUCUCUACCCAAUGCCAACUGCUUCAUCAAAGCCAUCGAUGUGUAUCUGGGCAUCUGCUUCAGCUUCAUCUUUGGUGCUCUGAUUGAGUAUGCAGUCGCUCAUUUCUGCACAUUACACCAGCCAAACGCUGCCAAUGCAUAUAUGUAUGGGCAGGAAAUGCAGGAGCGUGAGGAUGAGAUGAACGGCAUCGUCACUUCCAUCGGCAGCCAUGCUUUGCGGACCCGUAAACGGGAGGAGAUGCUGUCCCGGAUGGGCAGCACCAGCAACCCCACCCCCAGUGAAAGUAAGGAGGACAUCAACACCUCGCAGCCACAAACCCGCUGCACCAAGUGCAUGUCGACGGCUCGCCAAAUCGUGCGGUGUCUGAACUGCUGCAAAGUGGAAAACCCGCACUACAUCGACAACUACUCAAGGCUGACCUUCCCCCUGUCCUUCAUCGUCAUCAACCUCCUCUACUGGACAUACUACUUGUACUUCUAAAGCUCCUGUUGUCUGUGCGUGUGUGUGUGUUGAGGGUCAAUAGUGAUGUAUGUGUGUCCCUUUCUGUGUCACAGUUUACCUAAGGGUUUUUACUCUUACAUGUCAGCAUGCAUUUCAGUUCAACUUGAGUAUGACUGACUGUGUUCAUGUCACCCAAGUAUGCAUCAUUCCUUGAGGUACGCAGGAUCUGAGUGAGUGUGGACUGUAUACAGAUUUGUACCAUGUCUACAUCUCUGUGUCAGAAAUACGUGGCCUUCAUUUUCCGAUGGAGCUUUAGAUUCACUCAAAUCCACAACAAAAUCGGCCUAGCUGUAAAUUGCGAUAUCUGUACAACAAUUUAAAAAUUGACAUGAAUGUAAGUCUAAUUACUUGUGUUUUAGCACAAAAAAGCAUGAUUUAUAAAUCACUGUUGACAGAAGUAUUAAUUGAACUUCAGAAUCGUUUCAGCAUGUUUGACAGCUAUAGUGAUCAUAACUGAACCAAAGACUUAAUGUGUAUCUAAUGUUCAUAACUACAAUCUGAAUUCAUAUGAGCACAAGUUAUGCAUUGUUUUUGGGGCAUCUACUGUAUGUAUUUGCAAAUUCAGCAGUCAUGUCUUGUUAUCAGCUGCCAAACAAAUAUCAAGCUGGUUUGACUCAUUUUCUCCUGGUGUUUUAUCUGUGUGAGUUCUAUGGAAAUAUUCUCUUAGGGAUAGAAGUCUGAUUAUGAAUGAUUCUCUGUAAUUUGCAUGAUCAUUUAUUUAUUCUGCUGUAUAUUGUUGUAUGUAUUUAUUUAUUGUUAUUGAAAUGCUUUUAUCUGAUCUAAAGGUCUUGACCAAGUUAAAGUUGGGCCAUUAAAAGAAUAAGUGAUCAAAAAUGAAAA